CAGCACAGAGACCAAGCAAGCGGACGCGGCUGCUCAAGAAGCCACUGUCCACUUGAAUUCGAUCCUUCCAUCUCCUGGAAUUGUUUCUUGGCCUCUGUGCCUUGAUCCAGCUCAAUGGCGCCGGCCAUCUCCAUCGGCAUUGCCAUGCCCGCUUCCGGCGGCGUCAGGAAGACGAGCGUCGUCGUCGGCGCGGCCGAGGAGGCGGAGCUCCUGCGGCGGCGGAACGCCGAGCUGGAGCGGGAGGUGGCGGCGCUGCGCGCGGAGCUGGACGCGGCGCGGCGGCGCGCGGAGACGGCCGAGGAGGGCGAGGAGCGGCUGUGCGCGCAGCUGGGCGAGGCCGAGGUGGAGGCCGUCGAGCUCGCGCGCGCCUACCAGGGCCGCGUCCAGGAGCUCGCCCGGGAGCUCGGCGCCGCGCUCAGAGUCCCGGCCACAUCCUAGUAUAGUAGUAGCGGGCCGGGAUGGUUCUGUUCACGCGCAUCUUGCGACGCCAUUGAUCGACUUCAUCUUGGAUUCUUUAGCGCAAGCAGAGACAUGUCACAUGUAGAAUGAUAGAGUUGUAGUAUCAAAUAUAAUUCAUACGGCAUUAGCUACUCCUUUUCGGUGAUCAACUGCAUUUGAUGUUGCUGCCAACAAAUUUGCGUUGAAUUCUGUUGUGUCGUUUGACAGCUCGAA